CCAUCUACAAUCGACAGGAAGUGAUGGUCAUGGACAAGGUGGGACCCAUCAACGAGGGAAGUCCCCUGUUCCUCGCGUGUGAAGUGAAGGGAGGUCGUCCCCAGCCUACAGUGUCGUGGUGGUCAGACCAAACCCUCGUCGAGAGAAGGUCGUACGUGACGUCGGCGGGUCACAUCAGGUCAGAGCUACGCAUCAACGAGGUCACGAGAACUUACCACAAGAAGAAUUUUUCGUGUCAGGCUCAGAAUAACAACCAGAAAAAGCCACUCAUGCAGGAGGUCACUAUAGAGAUGAACCUACGACCUCUGAGUGUGCAGAUCCACGUGCCCGAAAACCCCCUUAUAGCAGGUCGUCAGUAUACCUUCACCUGCGAGAGUCAAGGGUCGAGACCUGCACCUGUCAUCACCUGGUUCGAGCAGGGCAAGGAAGUCGAGGCCAACAGAGCUCAUACGAGAUCCAGCUCCAGCGAGAGGACGACUGGCUCCCUGGUGAUGGUCCCGAGGGAGCACGACCACCAGAAGAAACUCAAGUGCCAGGCCUCUAAUCCUGCCAUCGCCGGGAGCGCUAUUUCCGAUGAUGUCAUUCUCAACGUCCAGUACGCCCCUGUUGUUCGCCUGCGGAUCGGGAAGAACCUGGUCCCCGGAGCCAUAAAGCAGGGCAGCGACGUGUACUUCGAGUGCGAGGUGGAAGCCAACCCUGCUCCUUACAAGAUCGUCUGGGAAGUGAAUAACGAAGAAGUCCACCACAACACGAGCGCGGGUGUCAUCCUCAGUGCCAACAGUCUGGUGCUUCAAGGAGUCGAGAGAUCGAGUGCCGGGACCUACACCUGUUCAGCGACCAACACCCAGGGGACACAGCGCUCUAAUCCCGUGCGCCUCGAUAUCAUGUGUAAGUGUACAGUACUGAGGUUGUGCAGUUGAUUCAUUAUGCACAUUUUUAUUUUCUGAGUUGUUGUUUUUUUCUGAUUUUUUUUUACUAUGUAUAUAUUUAUGGAUUUAUGUAUAUUUUUGUCUGUCUAUUUAUGA